GCCGCCACCGGUACGUAUGCACGCUUAUUAUCUUCGAAGAUUUUUCCCUUUGUGCAGGCGUGAACAGUCGUUUAUCAGCGGGUAAUGUGACGCCUCCUAUUAUAUUUCUAGUGGGAAGUGUAGGUAGAAUAGAUGCGCGCUUACAUAAAAAAGAAGAAAAGGUUCACGACAGAUUCGUUUUAGGAUUCGACCAAGGGGGCGGAGUGAAAAGUAGCAAUAACGAAUUUCACGUCACAUUUGCCCCGUUUGAGGCACGUACGCGUUCUGCUUCCAAGAACUCGGCUGUGAGCGUCCGGCACCUGUUGCGCUUUGCCGUGUUAAAAAUAAAGAAACAGUUGUUCGCCGGCAACAAGUGAGUCAGUCGGGGCGCGCGCGCUGGAGACUUGUGCACAUCUUCCCACUUCGCAUGCAACAUUGCGCUUCCCCUUGUCUUUCGCCGUGUUGAGGAUGCACUGUUAAGCCAGCACGAAGCCUUGCUUACCGAUUGAAAUAAAAAGUUAUAUGUUCGAUCACGCGACGAAACCAGUAUAUGCUCGUUAUCCGCAGCACGACAGGUCUCGAAGCAUAGAUGCGCAUUUCCUUAAUGCGCGUAACGUUACAUACAUAUAAUAUUUCUUGUUUUGUUGUAAGGGUUUAUUGAGAUGGAAGGCCCUACGACAUGGACGUCGGAUUCAACGGAAGAAGAUCGUUCCUCGGAUGUUCACCCUGUCCGUUCAUCAGUGGUUUUAGGUGCCACAUCUGAUCCGCUCUGGAAUUGCAACCAGAAUUUUGCCAACAUUCCAAGUGGCCCUCCAUCUGUCAGAUCUGAUGGAAGAAGCACUAUGGGGUCAUACAGCACAGUGCGUAGGAAUUCUCUCACAUCACGUUUCUACUGCAACCCGAGAGAAUGCCAAACUGAGUGCUGUCAUGGUGCAUCUGAAGUUGUCGGAAACACGACGACGUUUUCGGUGAAGCAAUCCUCUCAAUUGCCGCUAUGGCUCUGGCUUUUUCUUGCCCGAUGCCUGCGUGUGCCGCUGCCGGGGAGAAGAGCAUGCCGCUUCAUUCCCUCAAUUGGACUUUUGCUACAAGCCUUGACAGUGCUGUCAUGCAUUGGCCUGUGCCUUGUACACAUUGCCUAUGAAGUAAGACUCAUCAUGGUGUCCCGUGGUGAAGCCAAGACCCUGUAUCGAUGCAUCAGCAUUUUUCUAGUGGUCAGCUGGGGCAUCUUUGGACUGUAUGGGCGACGGCUCGCUCGCAGGCUUUUCAGCCACCCCGCCUUUAUCAAGGACAUCAGAAUGCACUCCAAGAUGCUGAAGAUCAACGCGGCUGCCCUUGCCAUUAUAUUGGGAGCGGUGUUUUUGGCCGUGAAUGCAUACAGCUCACGCGUCAUGAUACAGGGUGAAACGUGUGUGCCGAUUGGCUUUCCACGUGCUAUUUGUACCAUGCAUUUCCUCUUACAUGUUAUCUACUCUAUCUUCUCACUGAUGUGGCAUGGCCUGGUGUGCAUGGUUCUGGUGUCAGUUGCACGAACGCAUACCAUAGGUAUACGAAGGUUCGUCAAGGAGCUUGAGGCUGACGCAGUUAGUUAUGAGGCAUGCAAUGCCAAGCAGUAUUAUGGCUCUCCACUGACAGCCGAAGACAUUUGUGAAGAAAGUGUUUGGAUUGAGAACAAGAUGUCUGAAAGCGGCUCCUACAUUGCUGAUGACUGUUACGGUCAGGGUUCAUCGCUUAGGCAUGUGCAGCUGAGGAGCUACGAGGACGGCCCACACAUUUCCGUUCUCAGUGGAACCUACGAUGCUAUGGUACCUGCAAAGAUGUCACAAGAUCAGCUGACCUUAGUGUGGCCCCAUCAGCAGGCGCCACGAAGCUUGUCAAUAGCUGAAAUACUUCACGUAUACUGGAAAGUCUCGUGCCGGCUACGCCUCACGGGGCGUGCCCUGCAGCGUUGGGUGGGCAGCCUCAUUGCCCUGGUGGUGUUCUGGUGCUCGUCCCAGCUGGUCACCUGGCUUAACCACUCGCCCACUGUCUGGGAGGUGGUGCAGUUUGUCUGCCCUUUGACCCUGCUGCUCGUUGUCACUUCCUGCAUCGCUGAGGUCAACUUGGAGGGGUCACGCAUGCUCAAGUGUAUACGUCCCACUGAAGAAAGGAUCCCAAUGAUGAAUUUCCUUUUGAAAUCGCCCAUUCAACUUACUACGUUCGGCUUUUCCCUAAGCUACGGAACUAUAAUGACCGUCGUCCUUGGCGUUCUUAUGGCAUUCGCUUCAAAGCUCAUAAUUGUUGAAAUUCAGGCAAAUACUGGCUGAUUUUCUUCUGGCUGUGAACUACUCAUGAGAGAUCGUGGACAGAAAGCAGCUCCAAAAGGAAGGAUACCAGUGUCCAUGAACCAUCCUGGAAGUGGCUGUUUGCUGGAAUCGUAUGCGUCCUACUUAGGCAACUUUCAGGCAAACAGUGCCUCAACUCUGCGUCAAGAAGAAUGGUGCGAUUUUGAUCACAAUUUGAAUGGAUGCUCCUGCAAGCCUAGAAAGUGGAGCUUGUGAUAUAUUCCAGAGCUUUAGCUCUUCACUAUUUUUAGCUUUUUACUAUUCUUGUUGUUUGGGUACACCAACUCCUUCACCUGUAUGCUUUUGGCAACUGAAGCGAAGCUGGAUAGAAUUUUCAGAGAUGCUGACACCCCUACUUUGUCAGAUAUUUUUUACAUGCAAAUUGCAGACCACAGUGCAUCAGUGUGAAUCAGUCGCUGUGGUAAAUUAUGACGAAAACCUGUGGUGGAUCCAGAGAUUGGGGUGAGGGGGGCUGUGCUGGGGGGUGACACCCCCAUAAGGCAUGGUUAAAGGGACACUAAAGAGCAAAACAAUUUCCGUGUGUUAAUAAAGUACAAUUCCACAAUCCUGAAAACACGACUCUUACCACAACAUGACACUUGGUAAACGAAAAAAAGAAACAUGCGAAAGGAACAUAUGGGUGAAUGCCGCCUUGAGAUUCCUGCACCAAACACCGAAGUCAUAGAUUUUGAAGAUGCCUACGGGUUCCUAUGUAGCUUCUUGUGGAUAAAAAGGACGUGCAUUGCUAUCUGUGGGUGGCGUAGACCUAGCAUACAAAGUUUCAGUAAAUUUCAUCGAGCCAAUGUCACGAAAAUACGAAAAAUACUUUUUGAAAUUUUUUACGUCAAGCACAAAAAUUCUGGCACAAAAUUUUGAAAUUAAACCUCAACUUUCAGUCUUCCGCUAAUAAUGAACCUAUGAUAGUGCAAAAUAUGACAUUAGAGCUCUAAGAUUUCUGUUUGUCAAUCUAAACCGAGUCAUUGUGUGUCUUUAGUGUCCCCCUAAAGUGUGGUUCGUCAGCUAAACCCACUUUUUGUAUACAUUGACGAGGGUGCUCCUUAGUGGCUACUCCGGACCUACCCUUAAUAUAAACUUCAUUGUUCUGUGCUCAUGAUUGCAUCUCUUACUACACAUUGUCCACAAUUUGUCUUUUUGAUCUGCCUAAAAUGAAAUGCUUUGUUUUGUGAUUUCUGUGACAGUGCGACUUGUUGAGUUCGACACCUGUAUAAUGAAGUGUCGAAGAACUUCAAAAUGCUUCAUUAUACUGCAACAGGGCUGGGAUGUAAGGAAUCCUUCGUUGUAGAGGCAUUUUGAUGUAGAGGCAUUCAACUAUAGCAUCAGUCCAGAUGUGUCAGAGUUAGACAAUGCAUGAAUGCAUAAAAAAUAGACUGAAAAGAACACAGACAAAGCUGUGCCGCUCCUGGUCUCUUCAUCCAUACACUGUACCUAUGCUGUACAAUUACUCAUACCAGUGAGUGCAACAGCCAUAUUCAUAGAUUAACCUCAACUGAGCUUUAACUGCCCUCAUGUGGAUUAUAAUGCAGCUAGCUUGAUUAAAGUGGGUACCAUGUUUUAUAAAUCCACGUUAGUUAUUUCUGUGGUAAGGAGCUGCUUGGGAAGCACUUCGAAACCUCGGCAUCCUUCAGCAGAUGCAGGUGCCCCCAUUAAUCAAGACUACUUAUGAAAUCUCUGCAAUACUGAGGCAGUGUGACCCUAGCACUCGUAUCACACUAGUUAUGAAUUUUGUUAUAUUUCUGACGUUUUAAAAACUGAGAAGCAGUGAUUGAAUACCAAUUGCUUUUAUAUGUUGACUUUCUCGCUAGACGAAGCGGUCUUAUGCAUCACGUGUGCAAACUUUUGAGCACAACAAAACUCUUAAGCACACACUUCAAGUAAAGCUACUCAAGCACUGUUUUCGAACUCGGGUGUAUUAAAUCGGAGAAGGCAUUUCAAGCACUUCCCAGCAGGCACAAAAGGACGCUGAAGCUGAUUGCAUCGCCCACCAGUCUACAGUCAAAUACAGAAGUGUUCGUCGUUGUCUGUACUCCAAAGUGCAGUUUCAGAUUGACUGGACUUCAAAGUGUAGUUUCUGAUCGAAACACUCACUAGUGACCACCUUGGUCAAGAGGAGGAGCUUUUUUCACGAAAUCAGUCAAGCAGAGGGAUGAUUAAGCAUGAAGAGGUGAGAGGCUAGCCUGCCUUUUUGUUAAAGCAAGUUUCUCAGAUCCUAUUUUUUCGCCUUCUUUUUGAGAAAUAUGCGAGUGCCUUAAUAAAGACAAAAUGCAAUUUUUAGUCUGUGCGUGACAUUAACUUUACUCCUAACUAGUAUUGUGGUAGACAGGGCUACGCACGCAUCUUAUACAAGCAAGGAACUUUUUCAGAUUUGUGGUGCUUUGUAUACUGCAUACUUUAUUGUUGUUCAUCGAAACCAUUUUUGGCUCACAUAAUUCCAUUUUUUCGCACAUCUGCAUUUCACUCGUCCUAGAUAAGUACACUUGCAGCUCACAUGGCAGAUCUGUGAUGCUCGGGAUGAGGCAGCGAAUUGCUCAACCAUGCAGCCCGUUUUUGCUCGGGAUGCAGUAAUAUGCCUACAAAAUAAGUGGGAGCGAAUCCACAGUGUGUGUUGUUCUGUACUACUACUGACUUGUUUCUGAUUAUACGAUGGUCCCACUGUAUUAUUGCAUAAAAGGCAUUAUUUUGUAUGUUGUAUACAAAAAUAAAAUAUACAAGACGA